AUGGGUCAAGUGCCCCAGACAAUAAUGUUAAAGGCAGUGAAGGAAGUCAAUGAAGAUAGUAAAACAAUUCGUAAAACUGCAAAUGACUAUGGACUCUCCAGAAGUGCACUCUGCAGAUAUGUUAAGAAAUAUAAAACAAACCCAGACUGUUCAUUGACACCUAAUUACAAACAUAGCAAUGUUUUUACACAUGAGCAGGAACAAAUGCUUGUUGAUUACCUGCAAAUGGCAUCUAAGAUGUUCUUUGGACUUACCCCUAUCAAGACCAGGCAACUGGCAUAUGAAAUGGCUGAACGAAAUGGCUUAAAAAUGCCAGAUCAGUGGAAAGACAAGAAGCUGGCAGAAAGAACAUGGUUGACCAAUUUCCUCGAAAGGAAUCCCAUGCUUUCCAUAAGGAGUCCAGAGGCCACCAGUUUGGCCAGGGCAUCUGCUUUCAAUCGCCAUACAGUAAAGGUAUUCUUUGACGUCCUGGAGGUGUUAAUUAAGAAACUGGGGGUGACUGGAGCUAGGAUAUUUAACCUUGACGAGUCCGGAUUUACCACAGUUCAAAAGGUCCCCAAGGUUAUUAGUGUCAAAGGACAGAAGCAGGUCGGACAAAUAACAUCAAGGGAACGUGGAGAGCUUGUAACGCUAUGUGCCAUUGUGUCGGCUAUUGGUGUUGCAUUACCACCUGUCUUUGUGUUUCCUAGAAAAAGAUACAAAGAUAUCUUCUUGACAGGUGCUCCUGAGGGGUCUCUUGGCCUCGUGUCAGACUCUGGUUGGAUGAAUGGAGGCUUGUUUCGGAGAGUAAUGGAACAUGUAAAAUACACGAACUGCUCUAGAGAUGACCCAAUAAUCCUGUCAAUGGAUAACCAUGAGAGCCAUCUUUCUGUAGAUAUGCUACAGUAUGCCAAGGAUAACGGUGUUCAUGUCAUAACACUUCCACCCCAUACUAGCCACAAGACCCAACCUCUAGACAGAUCCGUAUUCGGCCCAUAA